GACAAAAGCGAAACAAAGUAUAGGAUUUGGAUAAGGAGACGAGUAAACUAUAGGUUCCCGUUUGAUAUGGGGGUCUUCAAAAAUGGCGGCAAAUGCAAAGCCUCAACCUCUGUCCUUGAGCUCCAAAUGGGAAUGGAAUUGCCAAGCUUCAAUCAACAAGAUGACCCGAACCCGAACCCAAACCCAAACCCAUAUCUUCUGCUCCUCACUUCGAGCUUCUCACUCUAUGGAUGACAACAAUAGAGUCUUUAAACAACUCGGGAUGUUUUCACUGAGAAAGAAAAUUGAAGAUGCAGUUCUUCGUGGUGAGAUGUUGGCACCAACAGUGCUUCAUCUUGAAGAAGAGAUGCAUGUCUGGAGAGAGGAGGAGAUGCUUGAUUACAACCUAUGGGAUGAUCCUGUAAAAUCAAAUGAGAUGCUUGCGAAAUUAGCUGAUCGUGCCAAAGUAGUUGAUACGCUCAAAGACCUUGCAUUUAAGAUUGAAGAAGCAAAGCUCAUAAAGGAGCUGGCAGAAACUGAUGCUGUAAAUUUUGGACUCUUUAAACAAGCAUAUAACGCAUCAAUUGAUAUAAGCAAGUUCUUAGAUCAAUAUGAGAUGUCCAAGCUUUUGAAAGGUCCUUAUGAUGUGCAUGGAGCAUCACUUGUUAUUAGAGCUGGAGACAAAGGCAUCUAUUCAGAGAUAUGGGUUGAACGGCUUCUAAGCAUGUAUAUAAAAUGGGCUGAAAAGCAAGGUCACAAAGGGAGAGUACUGGAGAAGUGUUCUGCAAACAGUGGGGGAAUCAAGUCUGCCACCAUUGAGUUUGAGUUUAAGUAUGCUUAUGGAUUUUUAAUCGGAGAAAGAGGCGUUCACCGAAUGAGGAGUUCACUUGAUGAAUCAAGUUUCCAAGAGGUUAGUUUAGCAGUUGUAGAUGUUAUUCCUCUGUUUCUUGAGCCGGUCACGGAAUUGCUACUGGACGAUAAAGAUCUAAUCAUUUCCUAUACAUCAAGUGAAAAUGAUGUUGGGCCAAUUGUACCUCUUGUCCACAUUAAUCACGCUCCUACUGGCAUUUGUGUGCAAUCCUCAGGAGAGAGGAAUAAAUUUGCAAACAAGAUGAAGGCGCUUAAUCGCUUAAAGGCAAAGCUUCUUGUGGUGAUGUCUGAGCAAGAAACCAAUAGUUUGAGCAGCAUUAACAAGGAUGCAAUUAUAGAUUUAUGGAAGCAAGUUACUCGAAGAUACAUGUUGCAGCCAUAUAAGCUAGUUGAAGAUGUAAAAACUGGUAUUCAAACACCUGACUUAAACUCUGUAUUAAAUGGAAAUAUUAACUUGUUCAUUACUGCUCAUGCAAGUCUAGGACAUGCUAUUGAGAAAAGUUAAUUAAGAGGGACUUUCCUUGAUUUUAUUGUUUAACUAGUUAAUUAAGACGAGUGUAGCUUUAAAUUAUUAUUUUUAGAAAGAAACAUUUUCUCCCUUUUCUUAA